UGAUGGUAAAAUAUAUCAUUUGUUUUUGCAAGUUUGUCAGUGAAAGAAACCAGAUAGAACAUUCCUGUAAGCCCCUUCCCACACAAUAUACCACAGCAGCAGUCAUGAAGGUUGCAUCUUUCAACAUCCAGAAAUUUGGGAAGCGUAAGCUAUCAAACCCAAACACCCUUGAUACCCUUGUGAAGAUUGUGUCUCGCUAUGACAUCAUAGUGAUUCUGGAGGUGGUGGACAAGAGAGGCACUUCAGUGAAAAAGUUCCUGGAGGAAUUAAAUAAGGCUAAUAAAAAGCAACACUACACUCUGCAAAUCAGCUCUCGUCUGGGAAGAGACAGAUACAAGGAGCAGUUUAUGUUUCUGUACAGGGAUGAUUUGGUGGACUUGGUUGACACCUGGCAAUAUGAGGACAACCAGGCUGGAGAUGUGGACGCCUUCGCCAGGGAGCCUUAUAUUCUCCGCUUCGAAUGUCUCCACUCUGUGCUUGAGGACUUGGUACUGAUCCCAGUGCACACCAAGCCUGAGGAUUCAGUGAAAGAGCUGGAUGAGCUUUAUGAUGUCUUCCUGGAAGUGACAAAGAAAUGGAAGACUGAUAAUGUCAUGAUCCUAGGUGACUUCAAUGCAGACGGUUCCUACCUUUCUAAAAAGGGCAUGAAAGCCAUCCGUAUCCGCAGUGACAAAAAUUUCCACUGGCUGAUUAAAGAUGACGUGGAUACCACAGCAAACACAGGCAACAAUAACACUUAUGACAGGAUUGUGAUCUAUGGGGAUGACAUGCUUGACGCCAUCGUGCCAAACUCUGCCAAACCAUUCAACUUCCAGAUUGCAUACGGGCUUUCUGAAGAAGAUGCCCUGAAGGUGAGCGACCAUUACCCUGUGGAGGUAGAGCUGAAAAGAAAAACACCAACAGAACAGACUGGUGGAGGAAUCAAGAAGUCUGGAAAGAAGUGAUUAUACAUUAGGAAGACCAUGUACUCAUUUGUUGUUAAAUCGCAGCCCCCUGUCAAAUCCAACCCCUGCUAACCCCCCCCCCCUUUAUUUUUUUCAUUUGGGUCCAUUGUAGAAAGCGGAAAAACAUGUAAUGACCUUUUUGAAUAAUUUCCAAUGUGUUCUUGUCAAGAAAGUUCUGAAAUAAACUAUUGUAACUACUGCAGUACUUUCACUCAAUCUAUAUUGAGAUUCUGUCAAACACAUCAGUAUUAGCUACACUAGACAUGCAUACAGUACUAAUAUGACUAGUAUUGUGGUAAGUUCAAUGUAACUUUUCCCAAGCUUGAUCAUCUAUCUUCAGCACCAGUUUCUCUAAAUUCAGCUUCUCUGGUUGGAUAAAGGCUUCCUCUCAAGCUCCAUCACCUCCUUCACUCCCUCUGUCCAUGUACAGGGUUCUAUUUCCCAGUCCGCAAACCUGAAAAUGAGUGAAUCUUAUCUACAAUUUUUUUUUUGGUGCAUUUUUCUGCAGUUUUUUUGUGUGUGUGGAGUGAUAUUUGUAAAGAUGUUGCUGUUUUGUUCUGUGUUUAAUACCCUGUUUUGACAAUUUUCUUUAAGAGGAAAGUUUGGGAGAUUCAGAAUAAAGAUCAAUGAUGCUGCUUA